UGGACUCAUUAGAGCCCCAAUUAUUGUUUGUUUCUCCCACAGUUACUCUGUCUGACGGAAGGUAGGUUAGUUAGGCAACCCGUGUGAAGCGAAUCACGGAAAGUAUUAAGGGGACAGGGACAGACGCAUGCGAGCGAAGUUGAACAAUUGUCUAUUUCUAUCGGGAGGAGGAGGAGGGAAACACUUCAGCCCAACGGUGAAUUCCUGUGAUCCAACAGGUUCUUCGUUUGUCUUGCAGCCUACCGGUCGGCUCAUCGCCGCUUUUCGAUCAGUGACACUCUAGCUAACUUCAGGGCUCUGGGGGAAGCAUGUGGCUCCUGGAGAAGUUCCGUGGUUCUCAUGGUGGUCACUCUGCGUUGGCGGGGGACAAGCAGCAGAACCAGACAGACCCCGUCUCCAUCCACACCAACAUCAUCACCCCCGGUAAGAUCCCCGACUUCUUCAUCCCCCACAAACUCAUCUGCUGCCCCCCAGAGACAGAAUCCCUCACGCCGGAGCCCCAGCCCCACUCCACCUUGCGCCCCUACACCUCCGAGCACACCAUCUGCAGCCAGACCCAGGGCAGCUGCAACCUGAACCCUCGCAGCCCACGCCUGCUCUCUCGUCUUGCCGAGGACACCCGCAUCCUUUUGAGGGCCGCUAACCGCCACAUCAUCCAGAUUGAGAGCACAGACGAUCCAGGGAGCGGGGUAGGGGAGGGGGGAGACACCAACGCAGAGCCACAGUCCCAGACAGACAUGUCCCUGCCUUACGUCCCCAAGGCCCAGACCUCGUAUGGGUUCUCCACACUGGUGGAGAGCCCCCACAGCCACCGCAAGGAGUCCAUCUUCCACAGAGAUACCAGCAGCCCCCAUACCUCCCCGGGCUCCCAGAGACACAACCGGGCGGGGGACCACUUGACCCCCUCUGUCCCCAACCCCUACCGCUACUUCAGUGGGGGUGAGACCGACACGUGCUCUUCGGCCGAGUCCUCCCCCAUUACCUCCCCCCUCCUCACCCGCUCCGCCUCCCUCCUCCGAUCCAUCACACAGGAGACGCAGGCCAAGAUUGUUUCUCCCUCUCAGGUAUCUCGUGCCAAGCAUACCCUGGCACGCUGCAGAUCCCUGUCCACAAACGAGUGCAGCUCGCCCGACACCAGCCCCAGCCUGCAGCGCCGCCGCCUACGCUGCCCUCCCUCCCCUACCUUCCGCGGACGCAAGGGGACCGGCUCCGGGGGGGUGAGUUCAGACCUCCUCCAGCGUGAGCACUCGGUCAACCUCAACAAAGGUGGCACGCUGAGGCUCAGCACUCACUAUGAUGCCGAGGCGGCCCAGCUGAGGGUCCGAGUGCUCGCCGCCGAGGACCUGUACGAGAAACAGGCGGACGUGAAGAGCAUCAACUGCUGUGUGUCUCUGUACCUGAACCCGGGCAAGCAGCAGAAGCAGAGGAGCACCAUCAUCAAUAACAGCAGGAACCCCAUGUUCAACGAGGACUUCUUCUUUGACGCGGUGCCGGCCGCCCAGGUCAAGAGCCUGGCCAUGAAGAUGAAGGUGGUGAACAAGGGAACCAGUCUGAAGAGAGAUGUGCUGCUGGGGGAGAGGGAGAUGCUGCUGAGCGAGCUGCUGCCAGGCAUCUAGAGAUUCAGGCUUUCUUUGGGUUCUGUUUGGAUUGACUGAGAUCGAACCCUGAGGUGGAGCUCUUUUUUUGAAAUUGUGUCCCUUAGUGGAACUAGUUGGAUUGGUCACCUUGGACAACCAGCACUGUAGCAAAUCGGAGUGAGGAGGUGUGUUUGUGUGCGUUUUAGGGUUGAAUUAUUUUCCUGAUGUUUCCCAAAUGUUCAAUCCCGAGAAUAAAUCCCUUUUCUAACAGGUAACCCAGUAUGUCCUGUCAAACCCGGAAAUGCCAUUCAAAAGCAUUAUAAAGCAUAUA